UCGCAAGACCCUGCGACGUUUAAUCAAGAAACUGUGCUCUUUGUGUAACAUUGCUUUCUGCGUCGCUGUAAAUAAAUCAUUUGGUUUCAAACUGCCGUUUCAAAACACGGAUCCCAUUGCAAGUACGAACGACAGAUUUCACGUUGUUUUGCUUAUUUGCGUCUUUCGACGCAACAUGAGGAGAAACAAGUUUGACGACUAACGAUUGCUCGGCUGUGGCACAGCUUUUGAACGGAAGCGUUUCUUCCGUUUUCCAAUUCAUCGAACGUAAAUAACCUCUUUCUCUCGUCUCAACGAGACACGUUGGAAUGAUCGUUGCUCCGCGUCGCACCAGUUAAAAAUGUCGUGGUUCUUCGGACGAAAGAAACAACAAAAGGAUUCGCCGUCGGAUUCGACGGAGGAGGAACAGUCGAAGCAAAACGAUGGAUUCGAGAUGUUUCCAAGUUGGAGCCCAUCGACGUCGACGAACAAAGGCCACGACGACGGCACGGUUCCGUACCCCAGCAGUAACUUGUAUCCGUACGUACCUGCGGUUUCAGAGUAUGGCCAGCCUUUGCCGCUCGAUUCGUCCAAAGACUCUAAUCAAGGAGAGAACGCGCCGCACUACUUGAGCGGUGUUCCGUUCAAGUUGUGCAAACGUUUGGAGAUUAGCACGAACAACGACCAUGAGAUAGACUACCUGAGAAUCGGCGAGAUUCUUUUUUUCUUAGAGAGACUAGAAAGUAAAAAGUACGAUUACAACUUUUCGUUGGAAGAAGGCAUCAUGGCAGAAAUGAAUAGUAGAAAAGACGAAUAGUGGUUUCGUUUCGUCGUAUCGUCCUUUGCACCAAAACGUGCACGUGUUUCGGCGCGCGAUCGGCGACCAGCUGGAACUGUACGCUUGGACCAAUAUGCGUACAAUCGUGAAUAUGUAUUUUCUUGGUUUAUCGAGACAAGAAGAAAGAAAAAGAAAGAAAGAAAGAAAGAAAAGAGAAAAGGAAAAUCAUGUUCACUCACGCACGGUAGUCCACGAUUCUUUUCCACGCACGUUUACGUUGUAAUGUAACAUUUGUCGAUAGUUUUAAGUAUAUUCUAUAUUGUAUGUCGCCAGGUUGUACAUUUGUAUCAGACCAUUAAAUUUAAUGCGUCAACGCGUGUUUUCAAUAAAUGUAUUAAGCAUCCCA